CCACCUCCACAGUUGUAGAACUUUCUCUGUCUGUACUCGGAGUAUUCUGAGUAGCCUGUCCGCGCUGCUCCUUUAAUUUCUGAGCCGAUUUCCAGAAAGCAGCAAACUGUAACAGGCUCAGCGAUCCUCCCCCUGAUGGAUUAUUUAACAGGCGCUGAGUCCCAUGUCGCCAUCUGCUACUAUAGGAAGAAAAACACCGCGGCGCAAUAUUCUCCAAAGGCUCCACACACGAGGCGGUGGUUAUUCGGCAGCAAAACGGGUAAAUAAACCGGUUAGAUAAAUGUAGUUUGCUUGGAUAUUAAACUUUGCGCAACAGGUGUUUGGGAUUUUACGCGCGUCAGAGAGAACAGGACCGGACACGAGCCACAGCGAGGCGUAAAACAUAAGGGGGUUCAUUCAGGUUAAUAGUAAUGGACUGAGUUUUAUUUCAACAUGUAAACAGGUGUCUCUUAGUAAAAUGUGCUGCUUAUGAACUAAGCCGACCGUUGCGCAUUGGAGAUCCAUGGUUGGAUAACUGAGCCGCCAAACAAAAUCAACCCGCUGACUGACGUGAUCUGAGGCUUUUGUGAAGACAAUGCUGACCUCAUCCGCACGGUGAAGCUGAUCGGGGUCAACGAAGGCAACCGUACGGCAGCAGAGUCUGGGCCAGCCAUGGUGGUGGAGGGCGACCGGACGCUGCUCGCCGCCAGGCAAGGCGACGUGCAGACUCUCAAAGUGCAAUUAGCGGCGAAAGCGCUCACCAGCGACGUCAAGGACGGGCUCGGGGCCUCCCCUGUCCACCACGCAGCCCGGGCCGGGAAGCUCACCUGCCUGCGCUUCCUGGUGGAGGAGGCAGGGCUGCCGGGGAACUGCCUGGCCAACAAUGGGGCGAACCCGGCGCAUGACGCGGCGGCCACGGGUAACCUGGCCUGCUUACAGUGGCUGCUGACCCAGGGAGGAUGUCGGCCAGAGGACAGGGACAGUUCUGGUGCCACUGUUCUCCACCUCGCAUCCCGUUUCAGCCACCAUGAGAUCACUGAUUGGCUGCUAAAGACCGGUGAGGGCGACCCUGGAGCCUCCACCGAUACCGGUGCCCUACCUGUUCACUACGCUGCUGCCAAGGGAGACCUGCCCUCUCUACGACUGCUACUGGGGCACAGCCCAAAUGUUGUCAACUCCCAAACUAAGAAUGGUGCCACGCCGCUCUACCUGGCCUGCCAGGAGGGUCAUCUGGAGGUCGUCCAAUACCUGGUCAAGGAUUGCGGAGCUGAUCCGAGCAUCAGAGCCAAUGACGGGAUGACACCUCUGCACGCUGCUGCCCAGAUGGGCCACAACACUGUCAUCGUAUGGCUGAUGAGUUUCACAGAGAUCAGCCUGGCGGACAGGGACGGUGACGGAGCCACGGCGAUGCACUUUGCAGCCAGUCGAGGUCACGCGAAGGUGCUCAGCUGGCUGCUGCUGCACGGCGGAGAGAUCGUCACCGACAACUGGGGAGGGACGCCCUUACAUGAUGCUGCAGAGAACGGGGAACUGGAGUGCUGUCAGAUCCUGGUGGUGAACGGGGUGGAUCUGGGCAUCAGGGACCAGGACGGCUUCACAGCUGCAGACCUGGCCGAAUACAACGGCCACUCCCAGUGUGCCAAGUACCUGCGCACCGUGGAGAACAUGAGUGUGGAGCACCGCGUUUUGUCUCGGGACCCCUCGACGGAUCUCGAGUACAAGCAGCCGGACUCGGGCCUGUCGUCCCCGAACACCACCAUGCCUCCCACCAGCCAGGCGGCACACUUCAACAUCAGCUCGCCGUCCAGCUCCCUGUCCAACUAUGACUCAGCCAACUCCAGCCAGUCCAGCACCGGGGAGAAGAGAAGCAGCUUAACGAUGUCACGAGGCCCACCGGCUCAGCUCAAUACAGUGGCGCACACAGGUGCAUCAGAAUCGGCCAUCUCAGACAUGCAGGCAUACAUGGACAUGCUAAACCCAGACAUCGGCUCUGACGUGCCCAAGAACACUGAGAUACCUGCUGAGCCGAAGCCCCCGCCGCCGCCUCCAGCGUAUCCGCCGCCGCCUCCUCCACAGUGUCCCCCGGUGCCUCCUCCGCCCCCGAGCUACCCGGCGCCAAAACCCCCUCAGGAGCCUUCACCAGCUGAGUUUCUGAAGGUGAAGGGCAACCUGCGACAUGUGGAGAGCAAAAAGGAGCUGACUUCCGGAGAAAACCACGAGAAAUUACGCCGUGUGGAUUCAAACAGGAAGUCGAGGAGCUUCAGCAAGCAGCCCAGCACUGGGGACUAUUACAAGACGCUGGGCAGCGACACCGCAGAGCGCCGUGGAAGCAAAGGCAUGGCGCCCAACGAGGAGGGUUCUGUGUUAUUGGAGGAGCCGACCGACAGUCCCGCCCACAGCUCUGAAAACGGCACCACGGAGGAAUCCGUUCCACCCCCACCUCCGCCUCCUCCGCCUCCUCUUCCCCCCAGCAAUCCGAUGCCAACACCCCCUCCGCCUCCUCCGCUGCCCCCAGAGACGCAAACCUCCACCCAGAAUAAUGCCAGCAGCACCUCCAGCAGCAUGCAGCGACGCCCAUCUUCCUCGUCAGGAAGCGGGGAUAUGUCAGCCUCUCAGGCAGAGGGAGGGGCACUUAGACAGAUGAAGAGCACAAAAUCUUUCAACAUGAUGUCCCCCACUGGCGACAACUCGGAGCUGCUGGCAGAGAUCAAAGCAGGGAAGAGCCUCAAGCCCACGCCUCACAGUAAAGGCUACACCACCGUGUUUUCCAACAGCGGACCCACAGGCAACAAUGGAAACUCCACAUCUCCAGAGCCUCCCCUGUCCAGCCCACCAGCCAAACCUCCAUCCCCUCCGCCAUCCAACACGUCCAUCACCUCCCCGCCCAUCACCUCCCCGCCCAUCACCCCGAGUCCCAGCCCCAGUCCCACCGGCUCUGGCUCCGGAUCUGCCAGGACCAUGUCGACCUCUGCGAGCUAUGAGCAGCUGCCGUCCAACUCUGUGAUCAACGGGAACAGCAGCAGCGGAGGAUCGGCGAAAGCGGAGUCGGGGAGGAAGACGAGCCUGGCAGAUGUGGAGGCGCUGGUGCCCACUCAUGACGAGCAGGGAAAGGCCAUCCCUGAGUGGAAGAGGCAGGUGAUGGUGAGGAAGCUGCAGGUGAAGAUGCAGGAGGAGGAAGAGCACAAGCGCAAGGCUGAGGAGGAGGCAGCUCGCCUGGCAUCGAUGCCGGCCUGGAGGAGAGACAUGAUGAAGAAGAAAAUGGAUGAAGAGAGAUGUGACAGGGAACAAAAAAGAAAAGCAGAAGAGCAGGCCAAACAGGUGAAGGAGAUGGAGGAGAAGACGGAGCUGGAGCGACUACGAACCAUGGGCUACGACGAAACCAAACUGGCCCCCUGGCAGCGGCAGAUCAUCCUGAAGAAAGGGGAUAUAGCCAAACAGUGACCUGGAUCGCCCUCCCCCAGCGCCUCACCCUCCCCGAUCCUCCACCCCAACACCGGACAGCCAGGAGGAGCUCGUCUAAACUCCGUUUUACUCUCCAGUCUCCAGAAAUGCCGGCCAGCCUGCAGACUCUGAGGUUCAUGUUGGGUUAAAUGCAACAGAACGAUCCUCCACCUCCCACUGAAAGUCUCAUGGACACAAACUCUCAGUCUUUGAGCUUAAACGACACGUCUGACAUGCACUGACUCUCCUCGCUUAAGACAUCUGCUAUAAAGGCACGUGUCCUGAACUAAAUUAUCUUCAUCUGCUUUCCUACAAAUCACUAGAAAUAGAAAUAUUUCAUAAAGUAGAUUUAAGAGGCUUGUGAUAGAAUAAAAGAGGCUACCUGUGAGCAUUUCUGUCAUUGUUAUUGCAUUUAUAUUGUCCCUUUAUUAGCCUCACUCACCGUUAUGUAGUGAAUGGAGACGUAGCUCCAACAACUCAGCAAAGGCUUGUUCCGCUCUGAAGCAGCUAAUGCAUUCUGUAUGUAGAUAGCAUCACUUCUUUAUCACGUCUUAGUCAGAACACUUUUGUAUCGAGCUCAUAGAAGCACUUCCUAGGCUUCAGUUUACUGCCAGAGUCGUAAUUCUCGUAAGAAGCAGAUCCUAACACUGCUAAUCUGCUUCUUUAGUUAAGCUUGUUGUCAUUUUCCUCUAAUAAAAUAUUUAGUUUUAAACAAUGCAAAGAUUAUCUAGCUGUGCAAAUUGAAUUUUAUUAAAUUUUCACUGGAGAGAAUUUAAAAAAAAAAAAAGCUGCAAAGUUCCAACUGAAUUUUCUAAAUAUGUGAGCUAAAUGUUCAGCUGUUGUCAUCAUGAAUGUGAAAUGUGGUGUGCAUGUGUUGCAUAAUGUGUAUCAAGCAUGUCGUGGUGUAUUAUUACUCGACUCCACAGGACCUGAAAAUUCAAAGAACAUCAAAUAGAAAAAAGCUAGUUUCAUUUCGAUAUGGCCUUUCUAAAAAAAAAAAAAGACAAAAAAAAAACAGAAUAUACACAUCAAAGAAACAGCACCUUGUCUCAUCUGCACACUGAAUAUUGCAAAAGUAGAGAAAAGACAUCAGUUUGUCCUGUUCGGGCCUUUGUCCCACUAACCUGGGAGAUAAAUGUUUGAUGAGCAGAUCUGCUUACAGAGCGCUCCGUCUGCCGCAGGCCAGCGAAUCAAAAACAUACUGUUCCUCAGAUGAUGCCAGCUAAGUUUUAGUAAGACUAGUAGGACUUUUUCAUGACAGAACCAACACCAGUACAAGGUUGAUCAUUACACACCAUGCAUUAGUUCUAAAUAACAGCUCCUUCCAGCUCCAGGUUUUAAGUAUUUAAGGAUUCACUAUUAUAUUUGGGUACAAGUCUGUCUAUUUGAAGCUACAGAUUAAAAUGUGACACAAAUUUUAAAUUUUACCUGUAUAUGAAUCUGCACAUUGACUUUUAGGAGCGAAUAAAGCUCACAAAAAAAAGACAAAGCUCUCAUUUUUAACAUCGAUAUUCAAACAUCCUAAGUUUACUUUAUUCACGUUGGAUUUUUACAAAAAAUAGCGUAUCAAGCAAACA